CCCUACAGGGCACAUUAAUCCUACAAUUUCAAGCUCAGGGUCCCAAUAGCUCGUGCGAUUGUUUUUAUCAUACUAUUCAAAACUUCCAAGCGAAAGGCCAACCUUUAGGGUCCAGGAAUGACCCUGCAAACAAGCCCUAGUGCUGUGUAUUCCCAGUUAAAACCAGUGAAUAUGUCUGGGGAGGGUGUGGAUGACAGUGCUGUCUUUGAGGAUAUCAAACCUGCUGUAAGGAUGCUGGAAACGCAGCCCGAGCUCAGUGAGCAAACAAGGUCGGAAAUGGAAAAAUAUCUUAUUGAUCAAGUCCCCCAGCUACAGAUUCUUUCAGACAAGAAAUAUAGAAGAGAAAGUGCAUCUGUGGUAGAUGAAUUCUUUGAAUCGGAAAAGACACCCCAGGCUCCAUACAGUGUGAACAUUAAUGUAAUACUACCAGAUACAGCACACCUCCGUACUGGUCUUUAUCGUCCAUCCAAGACGUUCGCGGUUCUCCCACAAGUAAAGACUGAAACAGGCUGUGGCUUUUCACAGCCAUGCUCUGCCUCUUUAACCCAAACUCUACCAGAUUUCACCAGUGUUUUUAGCAUGCCCCACUCAUUGCCAGUAAACAAUAUUUUCAUUAAGCAGGAAACCCCCUCAGAGAUUCCACUCUCAACAUCCACUCCACUGCAACCACAUCUAUACAGUAUAUCACUGGCUAAUGAUGCUUUGAGUUUGGCUCACUCUAAUGAAACCACCUCUGUUGUCAACUCACUCAGUGGGGUCACCAUGACCACAAUCAGCAGUGUUUCCUCUGCUUUACCAAGAUCUACAAGGAUGAAACAGUUACAAGGCUUAGCUCAAGAUGGUGCCCAAGCUUCUGGGCAGUUUUACCAGUCUCCAGGUGUCAGUCUACCACCUUCCCCGCCAAACUCUCAGCCAGCAAGUCCAGAAAAUCAGCCAGAGAUAAUUAACACAAUAUCCCCACCUCCAUCGUAUGAAGCCACAUUUGGAUUAAAGCUAGUUCAGCCCCCACAAAUCCACACUGUAUCGAACCCCUUGGUAUCUGUGCCACAAGGGCAAGUUGUCAUGGCAGUCCAAAAAUACAACAGACGAAAUAACCCUGAGCUAGAGAAAAGGAGGAUCCAUCACUGUGAUUACCCAGGUUGCACGAAAGUCUAUACCAAAAGCUCACAUCUCAAAGCACAUCAGAGAACACACACAGGCGAGAAGCCGUAUAACUGUGCCUGGGAGGGCUGUGAUUGGCGAUUUGCCCGCUCUGACGAGCUGACGAGACAUUACCGCAAACACACAGGUGCCAAGCCCUUCAAGUGCGCCGCCUGUGGUCGCUGCUUCUCUCGCUCUGAUCACCUAGCACUCCAUAUGAAGAGGCACCAAAACUAAACUCCAGACCAACAAGGCAGUUUACUGGAUAGAGAAACAAA